AUGGCUUCGGUUUCAUUCUCUUCCUUUGUCUCUUGUGUGCUGUUUCUUCUUCUCUUGCAUUCGUCUUCCAUCUUUAAUAAUCUCUGUGCAGCAAAACACGGUGUGGCCAACCGUCACCACCGUCACCUCCACCAUACCCAGAAUCCUCCAUUAAACCCACGGCUUUACCGAGCUUUUCUUGCCCUCCAAGCAUGGAAGCGCGUGAUGUACUCUGACCCGCGUAACGUUACUGAGAACUGGGUAGGACCUUCAGUCUGCAACUAUAAUGGUAUAUAUUGCGCUCCAUCUGUGGAUGAUCCUAAAGUCACGGUUGUGGCUGGCAUUGAUCUUAAUUUUGCAGACAUAGCUGGGUUCUUACCUGAUGAACUAGGCCUACUCUGCGAUCUCGCUCUUCUCCAUCUCAAUAGUAAUCGCUUUUGUGGCAUCCUUCCGUUGAGCCUAAGCAACCUUACUCUUCUUUAUGAGCUUGAUCUUAGCAACAACAGAUUUGUAGGGCCAUUCCCUUCUGUUGUGCUUUCCCUUCCUACCCUUCGAUAUCUUGACAUUCGCUAUAAUGAGUUUGAAGGGCCAUUGCCUCCUCAACUAUUCAACAAACCCUUUGAUGCCAUUUUCGUCAACAACAAUCGCUUCAGCAGUUCAAUCCCAACAAAUUUAGGCCAAAGCUCAGCCUCUGUGAUCGUGUUUGCUCAUAACAAAUUUGGAGGGUGUCUCCCCGAAAGCAUAGUCAACUUUGCGAAUACCUUGGAAGAACUGGUCCUAAUAAACACAAGUUUGUCUGGUUGUUUGCCACAGCAAGUUGGUUUUCUAUAUAAACUACGAGUGUUAGAUGUGAGCUUUAACAAAAUUGUUGGUCCCAUACCUUACAGCCUUGCAGGGUUGUCUCAUUUGGAGCAGCUAAAUUUGGGACAUAACAUGUUGACUGGUGCAGUGCCAAUGGGGGUUUGUGAACUGCCAAACUUGAACAAUUUCACGUUCUCCUAUAACUUCUUCUGCGAGGAAGAAGGUAUUUGUCAGAACCUGACGUCUAAACACAUCGUGUUCGAUGAUCGCCGGAACUGCUUGCCGGAGAAGCCAUUGCAGAGGAGCCAAAAGGAAUGCAAUGCAGUGCUUGAACACCCAGUUGAUUGUGCUGAGCUUUGCUGUGUUGGAGGUUCAAGUUCUGCUUCAGUGGCUAUGCCACCUGUUCUAUCUCCAAUAGGAAUGCCUGUAUCUUCACCUAUUACAGCGCCAGCUUAUCCAUGAACAAGUGUGCUUGUUGAUACACAUUGGCAAAACAAGGUCGAGGAUGAUUUACGGUGUGCAUAUACUUUAAUGUUUUAAGUUGUGUGUUCAAUUUUAUGUAAAUCCUAUUGUAUUAUACUGUCCUGUUUCUUAGAAAAGUGUUGUUAAAAGGAUCCUCUUAUAGAUUUAUAGGCUCAAACGCGUACCAUAAGGGGACCAGAAAUAUACUGGAUAUAUAAUGAUUUCCUUCAUUCAACAUU